AUGACUCGAAGCAUGAUAAAACCCUUCUUCAGACAUCCAUUUACCUACCAUGGUAGUGUUUUCACUAAGCUUUUCUCUUCAUCAUCAUCGGUAUCUCGUUCAAUUGGUAUAGCUCAUUCAAAUCAUGCUGUGACAAAUAACUUAGAUUCCCAAUUAAGACAGCUUCUACAAAAACCUAAUCCCCAAUUUGCAGAUGCGGUUUUGCUGUUCGAACAGUCGGCUGAGUUAGGCCUGAUUCCUUCUUCUUCCACAUGCAAUUUCAUCGUGGAAAGCUUGGGUAGAAACAGUAAGUACGGUUUAGUUUUGCAAGUUUACAGAAAACUAGCUACCAUUGGAGUAGUCCCUUUCUUUCUUUCAUAUGGUGCUGUAAUUGAGAGCUUAGUGCAUUUCCAGAAACCAGAAUAUGCAAUUUCUGUUUUAUGUUUGAUUCUAAAAAGCGGAUUCAAUGUCAACGUGUACCUUGUUAAUCUUGUAUUGAAAGGUCUAUGUCGCAAGAACAAAAUUGAUGAUGCCAUGGGGCUUUUUCAUCAAGUUUCUAGCUAUGGGUUAGCUCCAGAUGAGGUGACACUUAAUACCCUCGUUUCUGGCCUUUGCAAGACUAGUAGAUAUGAUGAAGCCUUAGCUUUGAAGGGUAAAAUGGAGAAUUUAGGUUGUGCUCCUGAUUUGGUUACUUACAGAACAUUGGUAAUCAAUCUUUACCAAAAUGGAAAGACUGGAAAAGGGAAAGAGAUUCUUGAUGAUAUGAUGAGUAAAGGAUUAUCUCCUUCUUUAGACAUAUAUAAUCCUUUAAUUCAUGGUCUUUCUAAAGAGGGAAAGUUCAAAGAAGCCAUGGGAAUCUUAAAUUCCAUGAUGGAUAAUGGAAUUCUACCAGAUGCUGUUACAUAUACAGGUUUAAUCAAUGGGCAUUGUCUGAAUGGGAAAGCUAAAAAAGCUUUAGAUUUACUUAAUUUUAUGAUAGAAAAGGGUCAAGAGCCUAAUAGCACAACAUACAUGCAGUUGAUUAUCAGCUUAUGUAAAGAGGGAUUAGUAAUCGAUUGUUUUAAGCUAUUGAAAACAAUGAUGGAGAAGGAAAAGAAUCCUUCCAUGAACUUUUACAACAAUUUACUUAAAGAACUAUGUGACCAAAAGAAAGUUGAUGAUGCAUUGAUACUUUACAACCUUUUGAUUGAAAAAAACGAUGUUAAUCCCAAUGUCAAGACACAUAAUUUACUCAUCCAAGGUCUAUGCAAAGAAAACCGUAUAAACGAGGCUUCAAAGAUUCAUCAAAACAUGAUUUCAAAUGGAAAUAAUGGUAAUGUGAUAACUUAUAAUUCACUUAUAGACACGUAUUUGAGAAAUGGAGAAAUCGAAAAGAGUAUGUUACUAUGGAAGCAAAUGCUUGAAGUAGGAUUAACCCCAAAUUCAUACACUUUUAGUCACAUUAUCAACGGAUUUUGCAAAUUACAUAUGAUUAACAUUGCAAAAGGGAUCUUUAUUCUUAUGAGAAAACAUAGUCAUGUUCCCAAUGUGUGUGAUUUCAAUGCAUUAAUGUUGGCAUUAUGUAAGGAGGGUAGUUUAGAACAAGCAACAAUGUUGUUUCAAGAAAUGGGAAAUGAGAACUGUGAACCUGAUGUGACUUCUUUCAAUAUUAUAAUCGAUUCAUUAUUUAAAGCUGGAAAUAUGGAGGAUUUGACAAAAUUACUCAUAAUGAUGCGUGAAAAGGGUGUGGAUCCUGAUGUGUAUACGUUUUCUAUAUUGAUAAAUCGAUAUUGUAAAUUAGGGGAAUUGGAUGAAGCAAAGGGGAUGUUGAAAAAGAUGGUUGAUUUUGGUUUCAUGCCAGAUAAAUUUGUGUAUGAUUCUUUGUUAAAAUGUUUGUGUGAAAAGGGUGAAACAGAUGAGAUAUUCGAGUUGCUUCGUGAAAUGGCUAAAAAGGGGAUUAUGCUUGACUCAAAGUUGACUUCGACUAUUUUGACAUGUGUUUGUCAUGCUUCUGAGGAUGUUGAUGUUAUGGAGCUUUUACCGAAUUUUUCACAAGAAAGUUCAGAAACAGGAAGCAUUUCGUGUAAUGAUUUACUUGCAAAAUUGUCCACUUCAGUUUCAUAA